UCUCCAGCAAAACUUGAUCGGAAAGUACAGCAGAUCUCAUCGUCCGGGCGGGAACGGCUUCAUCGUCACGUCACAAGAAGGAUCUUGGAAGAUAUGGCAAGCGAAGAACGCGGUGUUUUGAAAGCGCUAGACGCGGCUAAAACGCAAUGGUACCACUUCACAGCAAUCGUGGUCGCGGGAAUGGGAUUCUUCACAGAUUCAUACGAUCUCUUCGUGAUCUCUCUCGUUACGAAGCUCCUUGGCCGUGUCUACUACCACACGCCGGGCUCCUCCUCACCGGGGAGUCUCCCAAACGGCAUCUCCUCUGCCGUCAGUGGUGUCGCCUUUGCCGGAACCCUCCUCGGACAGCUGUUUUUCGGUUGGCUCGGCGACAAGCUUGGUCGGAAGAAAGUUUACGGCAUUACACUUUUGCUCAUGACCAUAUGCUCCAUCGGCUCUGGCCUUUCCUUUGGCAACGACCCGAAAACCGUGCUUAUCACUUUGUGUUUCUUCCGAUUCUGGCUCGGUUUCGGGAUCGGAGGAGAUUACCCUUUGUCGGCCACGAUCAUGUCGGAGUAUGCCAACAAACGCACUCGUGGCGCGUUUAUAGCCGCGGUUUUUGCCAUGCAAGGGUUUGGAAUCCUAACCGGGGGGAUUGUAGCAUUGGCGGUCUCGGCUCUGUUCGAGGCCAAGUUCCCGGCCCCAGCUUACAUGGUGGACGCGGCCAGGUCGACGGUUCCUCAGGCCGAUUUCGUCUGGAGGAUCAUUCUCAUGUUCGGAGCCGUACCAGCAAUCCUGACUUAUUACUGGAGGAUGAAGAUGCCGGAAACGGCACGGUACACAGCCUUGGUCGCCAAGAACGCCGAGCAAGCCGCAGCUGACAUGUCAAAGGUCCUCAACGUUGAUCUGGAGGCGGCUAGACCAGUUAGGGUUUCGAAGGAUGAGUAUGGCUUGUUCUCCAAGAAAUUCUUGUUCAGACACGGUCUUCACUUGCUGGGCACGACAACGACAUGGUUCCUACUCGACAUUGCGUUCUACAGCCAGAACCUGUUCCAAAAGGACAUCUUCACGACCAUCGGAUGGUUACCGUCGGCGAAAACCAUGAACGCGAUCGAGGAGGUCUACAAGAUCGCUAGGGCUCAAACCCUAAUCGCCCUCUGCAGUACCGUCCCUGGUUACUGGUUCACGGUCGCGUUCAUCGACAGAAUCGGACGGUUCCCGAUCCAGAUCAUGGGAUUCUUCUUCAUGACGGUGUUCAUGUUCGCUCUCGCCAUCCCGUACCAUCACUGGACACUCCCAGACAACCGCAUCGGCUUCGUCGUGCUUUACUCGUUCACGUUCUUCUUCUCCAACUUCGGCCCGAACGCCACGACGUUCAUAGUGCCGGCGGAAAUAUUUCCGGCGAGGUUGAGGGCCACGUGUCACGGGAUAUCGGCGGCGUCGGGGAAGGCCGGAGCCAUGGUUGGUUCGUUCGGGUUUACGUAUUUGGUUCAAGCCAUCGGGAUGAAGAAGACGCUCUCCAUCAUGGGUGGAAUCAAUCUGUGCGGCUUGUUGCUGAGUUUUCUCGUGCCGGAGCCAAAGGGGAAGUCAUUGGAGGAGAUUUCCGGCGAAGCCGAGGAGGAGAUUGCCACUACCACUACCACUACUUCGAGUUGA